AUGAAAGAAAAAUCUGACAAUACUUCGGUUCAACAACAACAACAAGACACACCGUCUGUCGCCUCUUCGUCCUCUACUUCUUCUCCUUCGACUACCGCUUCUACCAGCAACCAGAUUACUACUACUACUGCCACUACUACUACUACUCAUGUGUUACAAAGUAGUAAUGAGAGCAGCAGUAGCAGUAACAAAUCAAUCAGUUCAGAUCAACAACACAAAAAUCAACCAAUCACUGAAGAGAUUUCUUCAUCCAGCUGCAUUGAUAAACCACUAGACAAUAAUAAUAAUAAUAUUCAAAAUCAGGAUUCCAUUGAAAAACCAACAUCACAGACGACAACAACAACAACAAACUUACACGAACACAGCACUGCAUCGAACACUGAUGAUCGAUUGGCGAAUAAUACACUAACAAAAACCGAUGAUAACAGUAAUAGUAGUAGUAGUAGUAGUACAGAAAUGAAUAAAAACACAACACACAAAAUACAAACUGAUACUACUGAUGAAUUAGUAGUACACAAUAGAACAGCAGUACCGGCGGUUGGUCGAUCAGUCAACACGUCGAACCGUCAUGCUCAUGUUGUAUCAAGUCAACACACCAGACAAUCUACAUCACUUGUUCAAUAUCAUACUGCAACAGUAUGCGCUGUCGGUGUAGCUAUCGCUUUAUUCAUUGUUGUUAUACGUCGACUGGCAAUCAUCUUGCAAGAUGCUUAACUAAACGACAGAGAGAGGGGAAAACACAAACUCGAUAUCUUUUUGUGUUUAUAUUAGCAAGCUAUUUUUUUUCUGUCAAUGUUCAUUUUGAACAACACUGUUCAAUUUUAUUUGAAAACUGCCGCCUUCCUGUUUUUUUUGUUUUGUGAUUUGUUUUGGUUUUUUUUGUUUUAAUUUUUGUCAUUGUCAAGUUGAAUAUUUAAAUAUCCCUCCGAUUUUUUUUGAAAUUCCAAAAUGAUAAAUUUAAACAAAACAACAUUGAGCAUUUGAUCAUGUAUUUAUUUAUUGCCUUAGUUUGUUUAAUGAAUGAAUGAAUGCUUAUUUCCUUGAUUCAUGGCUUCUCACUUCUUCAUAACAUUGAACAUGUAAUAUGGCGGGUGAUUUUUUGUUUAAAACAAA